CAGCUCGACUAAGAAACUCACUUUUGGGUUGCAACUGAAGUAGGAGUAGGAGGGGAUGAAAAUGGGGUGUUUAAGAGGUGAAAAUAGGUAUAUUAUAGAAUAACGAAGAGGAUACAAUCAAAAUAUGAAAUGUUAGGAAAAAUGUAACUAAUAAAACAUGAAAAAAUUAUAAAAUAUUUCUAAUAUCAUCCUUGUUUCAAUGUCAAACGUAGACUAGGAUUUGGUAGCAUCAAUCACAAUUCCAAAAAAGUGUUAAAUUUCCCUCUUUAUAAAUUCAAAGACUUUUGGUUAAAAGAAAAAGAGAAGGGGGGUAAACUGUGGUCUUCCCGAAUCAAAAGUAGUAGUAUAACAAUUUUGGGUAAAGGAUUAUUACUGCACUUAUCCUCCCGUGAAUCUGAUGGACAAUUCCGCCGCAGCAACGCCGGCGUCGCAGCCACCAUUAGCCGCUCAAUUGCAACAAUUACAUUCGCAGGAAUCGUUCACUGCCAAUCUCCGCACAUUCUCCGACUCCCUUUCCGCUUUCCAACAAUGCUUCAAUGAUCUACAACGGCAUAUUGAUUCAAUUCGAACCUCGAUCAACUCAUUGCUGCCUCCUCCUUUACCCGCUACGUCAUCAUUACCAGCAGUUGCAGCCUCAGAGCCAGCACCAAAACCAGAAACGGAACCGGAAUCAUCUUGGGAAUCGGACCCCUCUGAAGAUCUAGAAGAAGAAGAAGUCGAGGGAGAGGUAACGGAAGUGGUAAAAGAAGAAUUCGGUGAGGGCGAAGGCGAAAACGAAGGGGAGAAAGUGAAAUCUGAAUUACCUCAUUCAGAGUUGGAAAUCGUCUCCGAAAAGACGGAUAAUCUGGAGGGCGAAGGCAAAGGAGACGAAGCGAAAUCUCCGGAACCUCCUUGUUCAGUGCCGAAAUUGCCUCGUUCAGAGUUGGAAAUGGUGUGCGAAAUGAUGGACGAUCGGGAGGGCGAAGGCGAAGGCGAAGGAGAGGAAGUGAAAUCUCCUAAACCUCCUUGUUCAGAACUGAAAUUACCUCAUUCAGAGUUAGAAAUCGUCUGCGAAACGAUGGAUAAUCGUAAGGGGGAGGGUGAAGGAGAGGAGGUGAAAUCGGGUCGUUCAGAGUUGGAAAUGUUCUGCGAAAGGAUGGACCAUCGUCGUAUGCGGAAGUACAUGAUGACACAUAUCUCAGAUUUUCAAGGACUGCGUGAACAAGUAACCAAGGCAUUGACACUUUCGCCUAAUCCUGCAACCUUUGUAUUUAAAUGUAUUGGCAAGUUUUAUCUUCAAGCUGUUGCGAAGAAAGAUAAUGACUCACCUUUAUUCUGGGGAAGGAAAGCUAAAGUGUUGCUUUUGGAGUGCUUGUUAUUAAUGAAAGGAAUCGAUAAUAAGGUAGUUGAGAUUGAGGAAUGGGUGAAAGUAGAGGCGGAGCAAGCAGCUUUAUUGUGGUUGGAGAGGAUGAAUUCUGAAGGAAUAAAGCCUCAUGAACUUGAUGCCCGGGGUUUGCUGUUGCUUAUUGGAUUUUUCGGGAUUCCAGAUAAAUUUACUAAUGGAAAUAUCAGAAAUUUGCUUCAGGUAAGUAACGUUAAGUGGGUUUACAAUGCACUCGGAAGAUCAAAUGUUAUCAUGGCCAAGUUCCAAGAAAUAAUAGAGGAAAUGGUAGCAAAUAAGGCGGUAAUUAGAGCUGUUAAUACUGCCUCUGAUCUUGGAAUGCAGGAGAAGUUUAACCCUAAGACACUUUUGACAACAUUUGUUAGAGAGUCGAAAGAAUCAUUUGAAAAAAUGGAUGGAUUACAAAGUGCACAUCAAAAGAAUAUUAGAGCAAAAAGGAAGUACUUAUCUGAUCUUAAAUCGAUCAACAAAUGUUUGAGAAGUCAUGAGGUUGAUCCUUCAGAGGUCCUUCCUGGAUGGGAAAUCAACAAGAAGAUAAUAGGCUUGCAGAAAGAAAUUGCUGAAUUCGAUAAGCAGAUAGCUGAUCAGAAGGCAGCAGAGCAAAAUGCCGGAUUGCAUAAGAGAAAAAUUGAUGGAACUGUGUGGUUGAGCAACAAGGAAGUGAAACACACACAUUUUUUAAAUCCAUGGCUGCCACAAGGUGGUGGAAUUGCUGGCCACAAUUAUCGUUAUUUUAUGCCCCCUAUGGUAUUGCAUGGACCUGUUGCGGGUUCAAUGGGAGGUCAUGUUGGUCAAUUUUAUGGAUAUGCUCAUACGCCACCAACCUACUUGGAAGGGCCAAGCGUCAUGGCCGGUGGUACUUAUAGGCCUGCACCAUUCACGGAAAACUCCAAGGGCUCGCCGAACACCAUACCUGGUGAUGCUAAAAGGCCACCACCAUAGUUGGAAGGCUCUGAUGGAGUUGCCGACCACAACACAUUGUGAUGGUUAUAGGCCACCGCCAUAUUUGGAAGGCUCCAAGGGGUUGCCAAACACAAUACCUCUGCUAUAUCAGCUUGCUAAUACUAUUCCAGCAACUGAACCAAACCAAAGCAGUGUCUCACAGGCAGCUGAUGCUCAUCCUUUGUCCUCCUUGUACUGACAGAGACAUAUUUGAGUUGGCCAGCAAGUCAUCUCCUGGCAAUUCAUGUGUGAUGAUCUGAAUUCUGAAACAUAUUUUCAUAGAAGGGAACCACAUACUCAACAUCUUUUCCUUCUCCAAACUUACGGGAUGAUAGGAUGGAGCGUUGGAUAUCUAAAUAUAGCUCAUUCUCAUCCCUUUUUUCUUCUGACUUGAAACAGUAAAUUGUUAGACCUGCAUGGUGAUGUUCUGUUCAAGAUUGAAAAGGAAGGUUCCAAGGGGUGCUGCAUUUGGAGGACCCAUCUAGUUGAUCGAGGAAUAGACGAGUACAAAAAAGGGUUGGAGAAUCUUUUGUUUCAUAUUGCACAGUGAGUGGAAGUAAAAUUGGAAAUAGAAGUUGAGGUGAGGCAGCAGUUCUGUGAUAGCCAGCACUUUCAACGUUCUCGUUCACAACGGAGCUGCUGUGGAUUAAGAUUGUUGGUAAAUGUCCAAUUUGCUGUUAUUUCAGUUCAAGCACUUACACCCAACGUACAGCUAAGAGGACGUUCUGGCCGGGGGCGGCUCAAUACUUUUUGUGGCCUUUCAACAAGUGACCCUUAAAUGUUUUUCUUAAAAUUUAUUUUCCCAACUUCUUAAGAUACAAAGUUAUGAAUAAUUGUUUUAUAAUUGAUUUCAUUUAGUAAUUCUUUUUCAA